AUCCCUCCCAUCUCCUCCUCACCGCUGGCACCAGCUCAGCCUGCGCGAGCCGCCGAGCAUCCCAGCGUCCGACAGUCCGCUCUGCGCGCGCGCGUGUGGAUGGCAGCAUCUGAGGGACCGCAGCGGUGAUCCUCGCGCGCAUCCUCACUGCUGUUCGGGUGAUUUGGGCAUCGUUUGGGAGGGGGAUCCGGUUGGAUGGCAGGGAGCGCGCGCGCGUGAUCCAGAGAGGUUGAGGCCACUAAGCUCUAGCAUCUGCAGUGAGAGAAAGAGAGAGAGAGAGAGCGAGAGAGAGAGAGAUUGAGAAAGAGCUGCUGGUGUUGAUCUACCUCCCCACCGUCUGUGGAUGGGCUGCGUUCAGUCCGCCCCUGCAGUCGCUGCUUAGAGAGUCCUCUGUGGAAGAAGAUGGCGGACAGAGCGGAGAUGUUUUCUCUCUCCACCUUCCACUCCCUCUCUCCUCCGGGCUGCAGGCCAGCUCAUGAUAUCAGUCUGGAGGAGUUUGAUGAUGAAGACCUGUCUGAGAUCACAGACGACUGUGGCAUCGGCCUCAACUACGACUCUGACCCUUACGAAAAGGACUCCCUCAUUCUGGAGAAGAAUGAUUUCCACCACCCAGUGUGUUCAUUCCAAGAUGAUUUCCAGGAGUUUGAGAUGAUUGAUGAUGAAGAUGAGGAAGAGGAUGAGGAAGAGGAUGGAGAAGCAGAUCCUGAUGCCCCGCCUUCUCCGUCUGCAUCUCCUCCUCCAUCCCCUAGUCUGGGCUCCCUUAAAAGCCGUCCCACAACUCUCAACCUGACCACGACAGUUUCACAGGACUCCCUGAACAACAACAGUAGUGUGUCUCCCCGAAAAUCAAGCUGGCAGGAUUCUCUCCGCAAUCCCACUUCACAAGGCCGUUUAUCUCCUACCCACACUUGCCUUGAGGAUGGUUCCCACGUAACUGGCACAUGCCCAGGGGCUCCUGGCACCGCAGUCUCUGCCAAAGGUACACCCCCUAACCCACCUGGGCAUUGUGGUCUCAAUCAGUCACCCGGCAGGCCGCUGCUGUACGACUUUGAGGGGAACAGACGCGAACGGCCCGAAUACGGUUCUUUUGGUCAGCAUAACUCCUCUGGUGGCCACGAAAUCACUGAGGUAAAGUCCACUGUUGAGGUGACUAUUGAGGAACACGUACCCUCAGGAGACGACUGCAUCUCCCAGUGCUCUGACACUGAAGUCGACCACGACCUCAAUGGCCACGCCAAACACCGAUUGUGCCAUCCUAGACCUAAUGAUACAUACACUAUCACCACAGAAACUGUUGAUGACCCCGAGCUCGAGAACGACAUUACUCUGGAUGGCACCAGUAAGUGCCUGUCCUCUACGGCACCACUUGGCAAUGAUGCAGAGACCCCGCUGUCAGACGAGGAGCUGGACAAGGAGUUUGAUAUUGACUUCAUGACUAAGGAGAGCUACGAUCUAACCUGCAGGGAUGCAGAGAGCUCAUCCUAUGUGGAGUUUCCCAAAAUAGAACUUGCAGAGUUGGCCUCCGCCUCUAGUCACAUGUUGUCUAGGCGGUCAGAUGUUGAUGCGGCAGAGGAGGCUGGUGACUUUCCUCAUAAUCAACCUGCUGCUGCUGCCGCAAAUGACACAACAUCUCCUUCCUCUGAUCCUGGCAUUGCCGACAUGAAUGCCAAGCGCUAUACAGAGUCAGAUCAGCACAGCGAUGACCUCAGCUCUCCUGGAUCUGACUCAGAUAUUGAGGGUGAACUAGAGGCAGCAUUCACCUGUGAUGGACCACUGGCCAGUAAUAUGAUAUCAUCUAUUUCGGAGACAGAGCUGGACUUGACUAGUGAGUCCAGCAGUGGAAGGUCCUCACACUUGACCAACUCUAUUGAAGAGGCAAGCUCCCCAACAUCUGACCAAGAGCUGGACCAGGAGCUUGAUGCUGAGCAGGACAGUGGCAUUGUUGGUCUGAAGGCAUCUCUUCUUCUAGGCCAGCCUGAGCCCAUCAAACAAGACCGUUCCCCAACACCUCUCGAUGAUGGACAGGCUCUGAUGGGGCUACAGAAUGUGGAUGAUGAGCAGGAUUACGAGCACCAAGCUGAUCCAGAUGAGACUCUACCUCCUGCUGUACCUUGCGAGGAUAGUGAAACCCAGCAACUACUGCUGAAGAUUGAACCAGACCACAGCCUGGAGAGCUUCAAACGGUCUUUCUACCUACCUGUCGGGCCAAGGCUCAUGCCUUCAGUAGAUGACUAUGAUGGGAACAGUGAGGGAGAAUCCGAGUCAGAGUCGGAGGAUGAGCUUAGCGAGAACUCUGAUUCGCCAUGGCUGCUCAGCAAUCUAGUCAACAAGAUGAUCUCAGAAGGAUCCUACCCAAUCAGCUGCCCAGAGGAGUGUCUCAAGCGCUCUGCCUCCAUCUCCGACACCAUAUCACCCUCUUCUGACCUGGAGACGGACGCCUUCCAAGAAAGUGAAGACCACAAGACACAAACACCGAAAGCUGAGGAAGUCAUGGUGGAACAGUUACCCGAAGGCUCAGAAGUACAGCUAGGUGGAGACGAAGAAGACCGGAAAUCCAGCUGUGGAUCAGGAAAAGAUCAAGGAGAUAACACAAGAUUCAGCUCUUGUCUGUAUAUGAGCAACCCCACCAAUGAUACCAUCACCCCUGUCUACUUGGAGAGAUAUCACCCCAAGAACACUAAGGAGGAUGCCGCUACAUGCCAGAGACUGCAGAAAAAUCAACGGAAAGAAGAAGAGGAGGAGCCAAAUAACGACUUGACAAUGGAAAGGAUGAAGGACCUGGACUCACCCAGCUUAACUGAAAGCAUCAUCAGUGACAAGGAUGAGGGAAGGGAGACAAAGGUGGAUCCUAUGUCUCUGGAGAAAAUCACAGAGGUCAAGAACAGUCUGACGCUCGACAUCCCCACGGCACAGACCAAUCGUUGCUUCAGCCUCACCUACUCAACAGACAAUGACGAGGAAGAUCAGGAUGUUUCACCUUUCCUAGAGGACCUCGACAAGCCGCCCUCACCUUAUGGAAACGACACUUACCUGGACAGCUCCCCGCCAAUUGAUGAGAGUGUUCAGCAGCUUCGAGGCUCUUUCGACUCUGUGGGUAGCAAACCAAUGGAUGACUCUUUGGCGUAUGACUCAAUGAAAUACACUCUUGUGGUGGAUGAGAACACUACUCUGGAACUGGUGAGCCUGAAGCGCUGUACCUCAGUGCUCAGCGAGGACAGCGAUGGGCUCUCUACUGUCUGUGAUGAAGAGGCAGCGGAUGAAGAAGAUGAUGUGUAUGCACGGAACCAGACCAUGGGGGUACGGCCUAAUCUGUUGUUAAGCUCCUCUUCCGAAGAAGAUUCUUCACCUGAGGCAGAUCUACCUUUCUCUAAGAAGUUCCUCAACGUGUUUGUCAACAGUACAUCGCGAUCCUCCAGCACGGAAUCAUUUGGGCUGUUUUCCUGUACUAUAAAUGGAGAAGAGCGAGACCAGACUCACAGAGCAGUCUUCAGGUUUAUUCCACGCCACUCAGAUGAACUGGAACUGGAUGUUGAUGACCCACUCUUUGUAGAGGAAGAGGAAGAUGACUACUGGUACCGUGGGUACAACAUGCGCACAGGAGCUAGGGGCAUCUUCCCAGCCUACUAUGCCCAUGAAGUCAUUGGGCAGACCAAAGACCUGAUGGCAAUGAAGAGAAACCCAGCCUGGAUGGAGAGCUUCACUGUGCAGUUCUUGGGCUCAGUGGAGGUGCCUUAUCACCAGGGCAAUGGCAUUCUGUGUGCUGCCAUGCAGAAGAUUGCGAUGGCGAGGAAGAGGACGGUGCAUCUCCGUCCCCCGUCUCUGUGCGAACUGGAGAUUAGCUUACAGGGAGUCAAGCUGGUGAUGAGCCUGGAGGAUGAGUAUGACCUCUCAGAGGAGUUUGACAGAUGUAGUCACUUUUUCCAGAUGAAGAACAUCUCCUUCUGUGGAUGUCACCCCAAAAACAACUGUUACUUUGGCUUCAUUACUAAACACCCAAUGCUGAACAGGUUUGCUUGUCACGUAUUUGUCUCUCAGGAGUCUAUGAGACGUGUGGCUGAGUGCGUGGGACGGGCGUUUCAGGAGUAUUAUCAGGAGCAUCUGGAGUACGCCUGUCCCACAGAGGAUAUCUACCUGGAGUAGAGCUGGAGAGAAGUUACCAUGGCAACCGCUGUCCAUAACGACAGACGUCUGUUUCCAGAUUUGGCCACGUGGGGGCGACUGGUGGCCUUUACUGGAUGUAACAUAGGCCUCGACUAUUCUCUCUCUCCUUUUCUCUCUCUCCCUGUAUUUCUCUAUACCUCUAUUUCUCGAUCUAUCUAUCUAUCUAUCUCUCUGUCUGUCUGUCUCUACAUGAACUGAGCAGAACACGUAGGCUCGACCUUGAUGCGUCCGUUUAUUUAAUUCCUUGUUUGUUUUUUUCUUUACUCUUGUUUUAUUGAUUCUACAUCCUUGAAAUGGCUUGCCUGUUUCUUUAACUUUUGUAUGAUGUAGGUCCUAGGGACAUGGCUUGGUUGAGAUACUACCAAUGCGUUUCUUUUUUUUAAAUAUGUUUUUUCUCUAUUUCUUUCCUUCUCCAGAAGUUUAGAAAUGACAAAAUAUGACUUCACAUGUUUUAAUGCAUGGCUUUGAGGGUUAUGCUCACAGAAUACACACAUAUUACACAUACAGGAAAUACGUAAAACGAUAAGUCAUGAGUUUGACGUUUGUUUUAGAAGGACGGGUUUCGUUUGUAAAUAUGUAUUCGUUUGACUCUGAAAUACGCUGAAUUAGGUUUGUACUGAAACGGACAACUGGAAGGGCGUCUGUACUGAACAGGGAUUUAGUCAUUUCAUGACUGUCUGCUCGCUGUAGUGGAAGGUUCAGUGUGCAUUCUUACUCUACCAUGGUGUAAAUACUGUAUAUUUAGAGACAGUAGGUGACUACUACGGACGCUUCGUUACAUUACUGUAUGUAAGUAGCACCCUCCAUCAGCGAACGGGAGCGUGGAGAGGAUUGCAGGUGACCAGGAAGGCCUGUGUGUUAGCCUGAGAAUGGAGAGCCAGGUAGCAUCGGCCGUGCACGGUUCUGUAGAUACUAAACUGUACUAAACUGAAAAUCUCGGCUAAAGCUUCGGUAGGCUAAUUCUCAGGCUGUGCUUCAGUGCUUAAUGCUGCUGAGUUGCUUAGGCCCCAUCCCCGCUCCAUGCAUUGAAGGCUAACAGGUAGAGAUGUUUUGUGUGUAAGUAGCCAGAGGGGUGCAGCGUUCAUCCGACAGAUCAUUUCACAAACCGCAAACAGCAAAACAUCUACAACAUCUACUAGGUUUACAUCAGUUCAGAAUGGAAACAAACAUUUGUCAGCUAUAUUAGAUUAGAUACAGUAUGUCACACAUAUUCAUUGAGCUGAUCACAAGAAUACAAGAAGGCCACAACAGCAGGUAUGCAUCAGAAUUAUUAAAAUUGAAAAAAAAAUAGUCAUUUUUGUUUAUAAUAUAUAUUCAUAUUAUUCAUUUUUUCACACUCUGUCCAACAGUGCCUGUGCAGCAAACAGCAAAGGCCUAGUUUACCAUCAGACCAAAGUAAAGGAACAGUCAAGUUUAAUUAUAGUAUAAUUAGGCCUGUGCAAACUUUAAGCAAUUUUUUUAUCAUCAGUACAGAAAAAAAAAGAAAAUAUUUGACAGCUUAUAUUAGUUUUACAGAUUAUACAUACAGAUAUGACAAACAUGAUGAUGCUAGGCCACAACAGCAGGUAUGUCUCAGAAUUAAUAAAAUAAAAAUAAAACAUAAAUCAAAUACAGUCAUUUUUCUCAUUAUAGAUUAUUUCACACUCUGUCCAAUAGUGCCAGUGCAGCAAACAGCAACGGCCAAGUUUACCAUCAGACUAAAUUAAAGGAAUAGUAAACUCUAAUUUUUGUAUAAUUAAGGCCAUGCUAUCGCCAAGCAAAUUGUUCUUAAUGUCAAUACAGACAAAAAGAAAACAUUUUACAGCUUAUAUUAGUUAUACAGCUUAUACAUACAGGUAUGUCACACAUAUUCAUUGUGCGGACCACAGGGAUGCUAGGCCACAACAGCAGGUGUGCCUCAGAAUUAAUAAAAUUAAAAUAAAAACAAAAAUAUAGUCUUUUUUCUCAUUAUGAAUUAUUUCACACUUCGUCCAACAUUGCAAGUUUACCAUCAGACUAAAAUAAUGAAGUAAAUACUAAAUAGACCCUUACAAAUUUUGAGUGAAUUUUUAACAUCCAUUCGGAAUGAAACCACACAUUUUCUAGCUUAUAUUAGUUCUACAGUGCAUAUUCAUUGUGCUGACCACAGGAAUAGUAGGUCACAACAGCAGGUAUAAAGGUAUAAAAAGGUAUAAAAGACUUGAAUAUAGUGCUUUAUGAUGGAUUUUUCACAUUCCGUCCAACAGUGCCAGUGAGCAAUUGUAACCGGUUGAUGGAACCUGCUAUUAUAAUGCAAUAUAAAACAUAAUAGCCCACUACGGAGAACAUAUUCCACCAAAUGGGCUACUCUACUGGAUAUCUCUCUAUAUCUGAUUAAUAUGCGCAGUACAAUAGCAGUGCUUUCCAUUCCUCCUUAUCAGUCUGAUCAGACAGACAGACACAGUAUGUGUUUUUCUGUUCGUUAUGGUGUUAUCUCUAGUCCUUGCCCUAACCUUGACUCGAAUAUCACUCCACCACACACAAACACACAGUCAUCAUUUUUCUCAGAGAAGGGAGCCCCCUACUGGUCUGAUACAGGUUUUACAAUUCAAUUCAAAUUCAUUUUGUAUUUAUUUAUAUAUAAUAUAUUAUUUAACAUAUUAUUUAUUUAUGUAUAUGUUGUCACAAAGCAGCUUUACAAAGAUACAGGUCCAAGCCUCUUAUGAGUAAAUAAGCACCACAGUGAUAGUGCCAACAUUGGCACAUACUAGGAGGAAGAAACCUUGGAAGGACCCAGUAAGACCAGUAGGAGGAACCCAUCCUCCUCUGGUCGACCCAGACAGCGAAAACAAAUAACAUAUCUGUUAAUUUACAGUUAAUAUCUGACAUUAAUUUCAUCAAAUCACCAAAUACUGUUUGUGGAAAUAAAUGAGUUACCAAUCACACCAUUUUAACUGAUGAUAUGUGAAUGAAUCACUUACUAAAACUAUGCUAAUCUUAAUAGUGCUGGUUUGCCAUGAACACAAAGUGAUAAAGCAAUGCUAUGCCAAAAUAUGUCACUCUAGGUUCUUGAACUGCCGUUGCUGCUGCAGCACUUGCAUUGUUUGUAGGGGUGGGCAUUAUGGCUCUAAAAUAAUAUCACGAUAUUUCAUGGUAUUUUCACCAGAACAAUAUUCUUGGCGAUAUGACAAAACACUGAAUAAAAAAAAAAAGAUUUCAAGAAUGCACUACUGAAACAAAAUGAAAAUUAAAUUUUAUGAUAGCAUAUGACAUGAUAUGGCACUCCCCUAAUUGAUAUAUAUAUGAAAAAUUAAUAUUAGAUUUGUAACACAAUUCAAUGAUUCAGAAUUCCAUGAUACAUGAUGAUACAGAGAUCCAUGAUAAUAAUGCACUCCAUAUAUCUUCAUAUAUAUCCAGGAUUAAAGUAAAAUAAAUCAUACUGGGCAGAUAUAAUAUACGAUAUUCAAAAAUGUUGGCGAUAUUAUUGCGUACGAUACGAUAUGGCACACCCCUAAUUGUUUGCAUCCACCAAUUUUUUUUUAUACUAUUUUCCAGUCUUUAUAGUGCAGGUUGGGCAGGUUAGUACACAAAAUAUUAACAUACUAACUCCUGUUUGUUUUGUACUUACGGAAAGUCAUCAAGCGAUGCUAUGCCAAAAUACGUUACUGUAAGUUAUAAGCUGCACUUGAGUGAGUAGCUUUUCCCUUUCCUUUUCACAAUGCAUUGUGGGAAAAUAGAGAUAGUAGUUUCCACUGUAACCAAACUUAAACAUCAACUGGUUCUGACGUUUUGAUAAAUCUGUACUACAUACUUUAUACUCAAAAUCUGGUUAGUAUUAGUAAUAAGUGCAUAAUUACAUAAAUAAGAUGCACCCACAGUCUAGAUCAGGGGUUCUUAACACUGCAUUCUGCACAUUUUAGUGUUCCCACCAGCUCUCAACAUUCUUGAUUCAGCUAAAAAGCUUCUUUGUUUAAGCUAAUUAGCCAGCCCAUCCUGAGUCCUGAGUUGACAGUAGUGGUGGUGGAAGGUUAUAGCAGAAAACACUUAAAAUGUGCAGGUAAGAGGUCUUCAAUCACUCACCAGGAUGGUCAUAAAUAUAAAAAAAAUCAAUAUACAUGGACAUAAAUGCUUCUCAAAUAUGUGCUUCUCAGUGUGCUACAGCUUGGCAUUUCCCUGUUGUUCGCUAUUUACUUGGAUCCCAGCAUACAGCAGACUGGCUUCAUUAUCCCAAUAACUAUGUAAACUAGUAUCUAGGCUGGACUAAAUCCAUCACAGCUGUAGAUGAAAACACUUGAGGCCGCUCCCGUCCCGCUCACCCCAGUCACCUGACUACCUACCUGACUGCCCCUGCAAUCCGAUUCCAUCGUUGCGUGUUCAUUCGUGCUGAUGAUACAUGUAGGGGAGGGCUGCGAGUUUUAUGACUUUUUGAUGUGAUUUGCUGUCAGCUAGGUUGCUGUAAAUACUCUAGAGUUGAGAUGACCAUGCCGUGUCCUUUCUGUUGAGUAUGUUAUUGAAAUAAAUAUGUAAAUUUAAAAAGAAAUAACAAUAAUAACGGUUACGAUGAUAAUUCACCACGAUGAAAAGGCAACCGCAAAAGGGGGGUAAAACAAAAAAUUGUAAAUUGAUUGAAAUUAUAGAUACAUUUGUAUAUUAUUUUUUUCUUUCCAAGCGCUUCGACAAACAAAUUCGCUGUACAUCUGUGGUUGGCUGUGUUGUCACAGUGUGCUGAGUAACAUGUGAGUGCUAAGACACAUGCCUGUGAAUCAGCUGUGUUAUACUGUCAUCCAUACAAACACACACACACACACACACCAGUCCAUGUGCCAUGCAGUCAUUCACAUUUAAUGCUACCUGUCCCAUCCAUACCGCUAUCCGUCCAAUCAGCUCAUCUGGCUCAUCAAUGAGGUGAGCACAGGCAGUUCAGAUUCUUCAGGUUCAGGAUUCUCAUCAGGAUCCCACAUUUCCAAUAUUCUGCUGUUUUCCAUUCAGGCAUCACGUCAUAAACGUCGUCCAGAGACAAAAACGAAUCCCUCGACACGUUUUGUCCGCGUUUUAGCAUUCUAGCACUCUAGCAUUUUACACUCCUCUAUUGGCCAUUAAAAACUGUACCCUUCUGUAUUAUCGUGGCAGAACAGCUCAUAAACUCCUGGACUACAUACAGCUUGGGUAGAUGAAGGAAUACAAUAAAUACAAAACCUCUGGACUUCAAGUACAUAAUGCAGUCCCUCACUGUAUACCAAGACCAACAGCAGCAGUAUGACAAACUAUCUAUCUUGUAUCUUUAAAAAUGAAACUUGUAAAAACCAAAAAUAAAAAAAACAACAAAAAAAAAAUUCACUGCCUUGUCAUGGGUUUGGUCUUAUGAAUAAAAUACUAUAUGCUUGAUGUCA